CAACGAUAUUACCAUUCUAAGAAUCACAGAGGGGUUCACAGAGGGGUAGCAAGCUAAAAUAUGCAAUUAAUGCAAUUAAACCCUUGCAAUAAUUCUAUAUUUUAGAUUUGGCCCCGCUAUCAUCAAUAAUUUCUACUCCUUGGAGGGGUUUUCCAUUCAUCACUUAUAAGUAGGUACUUAUAAGUGACGCUUAAUCAUCCCAAUACCUUAUAUCUUCUCUUAUUAUAAUGGCAGUAAAGAACCCUGUCAUUGGGCUUCUAGGGGGUGGCCAGCUUGGACGUAUGCUCUGCGAAGCGGCCGGGCCCUUAGAUAUACCCAUUGCUAUCCUCGACGCUGAAGAUUGCCCGGCAAAACAGAUAAACCGCAACAGCCUCCACGUUACUGGAUCUUUCAAGGACCCGGACAAGAUCAAGCUCCUCGCCUCCCGUGUUGACUUCCUCACGGUUGAGAUCGAGCAUGUGGAGACAGAGGUGCUGGAAGAGAUAGCAACGAAAGGCGUAGAAGUGCCUUCGCCUGACGGGAACGGUACAGUAUUGAAGAAAGUACCCGUGCAUCCGUCAUGGAAGACCAUACGUCUAAUCCAGGACAAGUUUCAGCAGAAGGAAUACUUCAUUCAAAACGGUAUUCCCGUUGCUGAACAGAUGGCUAUAGAGUCCGGAGAGGGUAAGGCCGAUUCUUUGGAUGAGGCAGCUUGGAAAUUUGGGUUCCCUUUCAUGUUAAAGGGCAGUAAAGGUUCGUACGAUGGCCGUGGAAACUUCAAGGUCAACGGUCCGGAAGACCUGAAGAACGCCACAGAGCAGAUGGGAGACCAGCCGUUAUAUGCAGAGAAGUGGGUGCCUUUCGAAAUGGAACUCUCAGUCAUGGUAUUACGGACAGAGGAUGACGACGGCAACUUGAAGCAUGUUCACCCUUAUCCAGUCGUCGAGACCAUACACGAAGAUAGCAUAUGCACCAAGGUGUUCUAUCCGCCACGGAGAAUAUCGGACGACGUCAAAAAGCGAGCGCAAAAGGUAGCAAGCGAUGUUAUAGCCAGCCUUUGGGGUCGAGGAGUCUUCGCGGUAGAAAUGUUCUUACUCGCUGACGGCCACAUUCUGGUGAACGAAGUUGCUCCUCGCCCGCAUAACUCCGGUCAUUUUACUAUCGAGGCCGUACCUCAAAUGUCGCAAUAUAAGGCUCAACUAUACUCCAUACUGGAUCUUAUCCCGCAGAAAGGCGCAAAUCUCAACGCGCGAGUGCCUUCCGCGAUUAUGCUUAAUAUCCUAGGCGGUGCUCAACCAAUUUCUCACAAUAGAUUCGUGAAGCUUGCGGAGAGCGCAUAUGAUGAAUUCAUGGAUGUAUACAUACAUCUCUACGGGAAGGAAUCGAAGCCGGGACGGAAAAUUGGUCAUAUAACCAUCACGGGGUUCUCUUCCGUUGAACGUCUAGCUGAGAACAUAGCCCCUCUCAUCGGUGUUAUGGAUGAGAUUCGAGCUGAACGCAUUGGCUCGAAGAGCCCAGCACAAACAAAAAAGUCACGAGAGAAGCCCGUGCCUCUAGUCGCUGUGACUAUGGGAUCCGAUUCGGAUUUGACCACUAUGACAGCCGGGUUGAAGAUUCUAGAUGAGUUCAAUGUGCCUUACGAAGUCCGCAUAACAUCGGCGCAUCGAACACCUCACCACAUGAUGGAAUUCGCAGCUGAAAUGUCCAAGUCAUGCUGCAAGGUUAUCAUUGCUGCAGCAGGGGGCGCUGCACACUUGCCGGGUAUGCUCGCAUCUGAGGUGCAUAUUCCAGUAAUAGGCGUUCCCGUGAAGGCAUCGGUGCUAGAUGGUGUCGACAGUUUACACAGCAUCGUACAGAUGCCGAGGGGCAUACCCUGCGCUACAGUCGGAAUCGGGAACUCAACCAACGCCGCGCUGCUCGCGAUCCGGAUUUUAGGUGGCGCGUACCCAGAAUAUGCAGAACGCAUGAAACGCUACCAGGAAGAUAUGAAAAACGAGGUGCUAGCUAAGGACGAGAGGAUACAAUCUGUGGGCUGGCAGCAAUAUCUACAGGGGAUGCAGAAAAAAGAGCUACCGGUACCUACACUAUAGAUUCCCUAUGACGGCCCAAUGUGGACCUCUUAACUCCGUCGGCAUAAAAUCACCCCAUACGUAGGUAGUCGGAUUCACGGGGAUUAUGAUCAAGUAUAUUACUACCUCACAUUAUAUAUGUAGUAUACACUUGAGACUCAGCUACUGACUGGGCUUCAAAACUAAGCGCAGAACUUAAAAUAUUCCCAAACAACGAAGAUAACCUAACGAUGAUGUUAUAAAGAAUCAAACUAGGUAUUCGAUCCUCGUACGCCC